AAAAGAAAGAGAGAGGGAGAAAGAGAGAGAGCAGUGGCAGCAGCAACACUUCCCUUCAACUUAUUUGCUCCAGCUUGAAUUCAGACUUGUACAUUAAACUUAUGAAAACAUUUCUGUCCACAGCUGCUUUUCAGCUCAGCAGAGCUCAUCCUACUUCUUCGACUCUACUGUCUUAUCCUCCCCCUGCUGCUGCCUGAUUUGCUUUUCCCGCGGAACUUAACAGGAUCAGAAGAGGUUGCCGAGCAUUCAUCGAGUGGUGGAGCGGUCAGAGGCAGCCAGAGUUGUCAUGGCCAUGUCCCAGGAGCGGAGUGCGUGUCUGGGGCUCUGGGUGCUCCUUUUGCUUGGAGCAGGCAUGGAGGAAGUUGUGGAGGGAUGCAGCUGCCAUCCAGCGCACCCACAGCAGCUAUUCUGCAGCGCUGAGAUCGUGAUAAGGGCAAAGAUCUCUGGAGAGAAGAUUGUGUCGCCUAGCAACAGCUCCUCACCUUACAUGAAGAUGAUCCAAUAUGAAAUCAAAAUGAUCAAGAUGUUCAAAGGUUUUGAUAAGGCCAAAGACAUCCAGUAUGUGUACACUCCAGUCUUCUCCUCAUUGUGUGGAGUCAAACUGGACUCCAACAACAAAGCAGGGUAUCUGCUCUCAGGAAGUAUGUGGAGUGAUGGCAGAAUUUCCAUUGGCCAAUGCGACCUGGUCGAGUCCUGGGACAAUUUAUCACUGUCACAGAAGAAGAAUCUCAACUACAGAUACCAGAUGGGCUGUGAAUGCAGAAUCAACACCUGUUACACGGUCCCGUGUGCAUCCACAGGAGAAAACGAGUGCUUGUGGACUGACUGGCUGCUGGAUAACAGCCUAAAUGGGGAGCAGGCUCGGCAGUACGCCUGCAUCCGCCGCUCUGACACAACCUGUAGCUGGUACCGGGGUGGACCCCCACCUGAGAAAGACUUCCUGGACAUGGCUGACCCUUGAACUGUAAUUCUGACAGUUAUUUUACUCAUUUCACUCUUGCAAAGUCAUGAAAAACAUCUCCUGCUUUUGCUUAUGUAGCUAAAAAUUUGGUGUGCAAAGUAGCAAUUUAUUUCAUGAAAAAUGGUCUGAUUUUUUUUUUUUUUUACAAUUAAGGGGGUUUAACUCAAUGCUGAGCUUUUGUUAGCAGAGUUCAGGUGGUUGCUACAGCAAUGCUGGGAAAAUCUUUGUAAACUGCUGGGGCCUUCAGCAUUCCUCUGACUCAAAUUCUCGCUCUCACACAUUUCCACUUCACUUGCUGUUUUCCACAGAAUAAGAAUAGCAGCAGACCAUCCACUGCAAAUUAUUCACCCCGGAGUGAAUCUUUUCUUCAUUUCUGAUGGCCUGAUUAUAAAUGCAUAACCUUGACAAAUGCUAUUUUCUCAUGCAUAAAAGUAGUUUAGGUUAUGCAUUUACUGAAAGUUGUAAGAAGUUGGACAUUCACUGUAAAAUAAUUGGAGGAAAAUAGCACAAAAACGUGCAAACGUCUGCCACAAUCCUGCCUUGCAAAGUUCACUCUAUAUACUACAAAAAAUCUUAUGUGCAUACCAUUUUUGCAGGUAAACUGCAGCACUGACACAUCUUUUACCCACACAUUCUGGUGUUGAUUUAUAUGAUAUAGGUUAUUGAAUCACUGUCCCAUUCAAGGUAAAAAAAUAUUUUUUUUGUCCACCAGCCAAACAACAAGUGAAUGUUCAAAUUUUACCACAAAUUAAUAGUUUACCGUUGUAUUUUGUGCUAGUGAGUGAAGCAAAUCUACCAGCUUCUUGCAUGUUUUACAUGCGCUUGGCUGGUGGAUGAUACUAAUCUUUUAUCUUGUCCCCAUUCAAAUGAAAAUACAUUAUAUAUAUAAAUAGGGGCGAAGCAACACCAGACAUUCCCCAAUUAAUUUGAUUUUGACAAAAUCUGACACAUUAAUUAUAUAUGACCAUAAUUCUUGUACAUCUAAAUCAUCACAGUUUAUUCGCUCAAACUGCUGAGAUUGUAAAUAUUGUACCUGAGUGACAUUAACAUUUUUAAUUCUAACCUGGAUCUUGUCUCAUAGCAUAGAAGUUGGUUUCGUGUGGUUUUUGUAUGUUUAGUAUCCUUUGGUUCUGUACUAUUUCCUGUGCCAAAAAUCUAAUCCAGCGCUUUAACAACAGCACUGCCACCCGUAGAAACCAAGCCACCUCUCCUUAGAGGAAAUGAUGUAACAGGACACGGUUCAAUUCACUGUUUUUUAACUCCUUAAAAACAGAACGGGGAUUCUCCUCAAUGUUCAAGUUAAGAAAGUAAAAACUUUGGCACACAACGUUAACCAACAAAAACAGAAAUAACUUAUACUCGUGGAGCUAAAAUUAAUAAAUUAAUUGCUGUUUUAUAGGCAUUAUUUAAUAUAAUGACUCAACAAUUAUUAAAAGACCCAAAUCUGAAUUGAUCCCUGUCUUGUUACUGGAUUACUUCACUGAAGUCAUACAGAUUUAAAUGCAUUAUCAGCUAUCUUCAUGUAUAAGCCACUGUUUAAGGAUCAUAUUGGGGUCGCACUCAACAAUUGAAUAUGUUAGUUUAAGCUAUACAGUGCAAAACAUUUGGCUAACACAUUUGAAAGAUACUAUUUUGAGAUAUGUUAAUACAUUAAAUUUAGACUUACAUUACUGAUAACAUAUCGGUGCAUAAUAACUGAAUGACUUUAGUGAAGUGUUAUCAAACAAUUUCAUGUUUGUUUUAUACUGAAAGAAUUGUUUGGGUUUGUAUUUAUGUCUCUGUUUCUGUCUAUAGAGUUUUCUAUUUCCAUGUACCAAAAAAGAUUGUAUAUAAAAAUGUCUGAAUUGAAUAGUGCGACACUGACUCUUUUUUGAUUCUCUUUAGUGACUAAAAUUUGCAGUAAGCUACUUCAGUGAAAGCUCAAAGGUGACAGGAUUUUCCAAGAUUUUCAAAGGGUUGCUGCUGUUACACAAUAUCUCCAAGAAGCCAGAGUACUCAUGAAGUAUGAUUUUAAUAUAUUUUACCUCUAUGAUAUACACUCCAUCAAAUUUACUAAGUAAAAUGCAUAGGAAAAAUGUUAACCUUUCUCAUAAGUGAAAUAUACAGUAUCAUACUAUAUUUAUAGGGGUGGGAAUCACGAGAGGCUCCAUGAUUCGUCGAUACUGUCACAAUACUGUCAUGAUACAAUUAUAUUGUGAUUUUAAACAUUUUGUGAUGUGUAUUGCUAUAUAUUGAUGUUUUUUAUUAUCUUUUUUAAACUGCAAAAUUAUGUAAAACUUAACUGUCAUCUGUUUUUAG